UUUGCAGCGUUUCUCAUUCCACUGCCAACCUUCGAUCACGACACACGACCAUCAUGGGGAAGGAAGAGCUUAUCAAAGGUGUGCUUUAUGUGGUGAAUGUGUUGUACGCGAUAUUCGGUUUGGUAACAGCGGCCACGGGGAUCUGGUUCUUUGUGCAGCUGUCCGAAUUCGUCGCGUUGAGAAAUAGCAACCAUUACCUUUUGGACUACAGGGUGUACUGGCCCCAGGUGGCGCCAUGGCUCUUUAUAUUGUUGGGGUUAUUUGUUAUGAUGGUGGCCUUUUGUGGCUGGUGCGGAACUAACAGGGAGAGCAGGGGUCUCCUGGGUAUAUACGGACUCUUCCUCAUCCUUAUUAUUCUUGGACAAGUGAUCGCGGCCACUCUGAUCUUCGUCUUUGUGGACGGUGAAGAUACUGACCGCUUCAUCAAGGACACCGUAUACGAUGGAUACUACAACUCCCAAUCUAACCCUGACGUAUUCAAGGCUUUUGGAAGAAUCGAAAGGAAGCUAAGAUGCUGCGGCGCUAACGACGCUCGUGAUUACAGAAGCUGGAGGAACGACUUACCAUUGACCUGCUGUCAGGAUAGCUAUUAUAGAGCCACCUGUGACUUUACGGAUAAGGAAGCCAACGAAAGAUUAGGAUGUGCCAAGGUCGCUUCAGUAUAUACGAAGAUAAUAAGCUCCUCGGUCGCCGGUGCCUCAUUGCUUAUCUCCUUAGUGGAGAUAAUGGGAGUUAUAAUGGCGUGGAGAUUGUUUAAUUCAUUGCGGGAGGUGGAACAUUACAUCACGGAGAGAAAAGAGGGUGAAACUGAGUGUUAAUACAGGUAAAGUUUUUUAAUAGUACGAGUCAUGUAGCUUCUAUUGUGUUUGAGUCGAUGCGGUUGAACAGUUUUGGGAUUCUAUUGACUUUAUUGUGUUUAGUGCUGUGUGAAUAGAUUUGAGCCUAUUUUGUAAUGAGCUAUGCCAUUUACUGGACUUUGUAAUGCAAAGAAGCUUUAUUUCCAUUACAUUAAUAACAAACACAAUAUAUUAUUUACGUAUUGAUUAUAAAUAAACCGUCGCAAAAAGUGUUAAAGGGACUAGAAUUACUAAUUUUUUUGCAGCGCUAAUAAAUAUCACAGCGACGUAAUAUAACCACAUAAAGUCAUCAGUUUUGUUGUUUGCGAUGCAUUUUAUAUCGACUCAUUCACAAUUCACGGUGCUAGUACUCCUUUAGUUUAAUACCACCGAUUGUGCGAUAAGCGCUCUUAUAUCAUAAACUAUAAGGCUUGUUUUGCAUCACGAGAUCGAAUUUCCGAAUCGAAACGAAGUCUGAACAAUUUUCUGGCAGGAAAGUUUUUCCAGCGCCGACGCUGUUGGAUAUAAACUUUGUUUUCUUUUGAGAAAUUUAGAAUGUUUAUUUCUAAGUUAGUUUUUCACUCCACGUUACCGAUUUAUAAUUAUAAUUUAAUAUUACUUCCAUAAUAUAGUAAUAUAUUAUAUAUCUUGUUUAUAUCUAUUUUAUGUUAAUGGUUAGUAGAUUGUUCUAAUAAUUGUUCAGUAUUUAUAAACUUAGUAUAUUUUGGCAUAGUUAAGGCGUUAUUUUUCUCAGCUGUAUUUGUUCUGUCAGCCGAAUGGGUAAGGAGUUCACGAACUUAUUAGCGCCGCAGGUCAAAGAUUCAUUUGGAUAAAUUAAUUUCCUCUUUAACUGAAUGAAUCACGCCUGAAUCAUUACAACAGAAUUGUGCAUUUGACCCCUUCCUCCCCCUUCCUCGCGACCCCGCUGUCCUCUACCAAUAUUGUAAUUAUUAUACGUAUGAUUGCAUAAGCUAAGCAUGCGUUAAGAGGGACCAUGAGAAUAAAACGACCUCGUCUUUAAAGCGAGCUUCGCUUACACAAUACACUGAGAUCUACUCUUCAAUUUGAGUACAGGUUUUAUAAAUAGUAGUGAAUCAUUAAAUUCAUUUUUUCUAUAUUUUAAUGAAACACAUGUCCAUUUGAAUGUAUAAUUUUAAAUGAAUGCCUCAGUAAAACAGGCAUUGCGUAUGUUUUACCUCUCAAGGCUGCUAAUCGGUAUGUCGUGUCGAUAGGUUUCGUCACUGAGUUGCGUAAGGCCUCAGAGCUUCUAGAGGACUCAUGGUGUCGAAAUAUUAUCUAGGUCACUAUUGACAGGUGUUUUUAAAUCAGUUUUGCGAAAUAGAAAUGGUGCCAUCGAAUAGGCAGUUUAAUGAAAUGUAAGGUUAUGAUAUGUAUAGAACUAAGUAUAUAGAGGUGCGACCAACUCUAAUUAAGAAAAGAGCCAAUAUUUGUAAAAGUUUUAUAAAAUUAUUACGCCAAUUCGGAUUGCCUAUUAUAAUAAGAUCAAUAUAUUUGUAAAAAUCCGUCUAAAUAAAUUAUUUAAUGUAUAAUUAAGUGAAGUGGAUUUUCCGUCCUUUUUUAAUGAACGCCAUAUUGUUUACAUUUAAAAAUAGAAAACUGUUAUCAUAUGCCAAAGAAAUGUGUACAAAUGUAACGCAUAUCUGAAUUAUAAAAAUAAAUGAAGCUUGCAUGAAAAUAUAUUAAUUGUAAUAUUCUAUACAUACUUAAUCACCACAGAUUUAGUUAAUGUAAGAUAUUUUUUUAUAAAAUAAUUAUUGUAAAGUCAGAAUUAGUCUUAAGGACGUUCAUAAUAAUUUUAUAAAUAGAAUAAAAUUUUAUAUCUGAA